GGGAAAACUAAAUUUAAAUAAACGGAUCUAAAAGUGGUAUAUAAAUGGCAGGCAUUCAUAGCCAUGAGUUAGUCUUCGCUCAGUAUUGCAAGAAUUUUGCUCAUAAUUCUUGAAUAAAUCCUAACUUCAAAAAUAACAUAAAUAUUUCUAACAAUGAAUAAGACAUUGAUUUUCGUUGUGAUAGCAAUCGGGUUGUGUCAAUCGGUGUCCAGCGCUCCGCAGACGGCGGCAAAAGCCGAGAAGAAAUGCCCGAAUGAAUCGGUUCGGGAGACGUGUCUUAGCUCUCUCUUCAUAAUCGCCUCUCCGGACAAAACAUUCCCAAACACUACCGAAAGACUCGUUGAAUUUUGCGGCAAAAUUAAGGAAACCGACAAAUGUAUCAAAGAUUACACAACCAGAUGUAUGGAUCCGAUGGGAAGGCGGGCCACUCAAGUGGCAGUCGCCGGCAUUUCGCGGCUCCUCAAAAGGAUGUGUAGAUCUAAUGAAAGGCGAAAGGAGUUUGUGAAGAACGCCGGUUGCGGUAAUGCAAUGAUCGGUGACAUGAGAUCCUGUCUUAACGACUAUAAGAUGGCAUUAUAUGGCGCAGAGAAGGCAGAAGUGAAGCAACGAAUGCCGAUUCUUUGCUGCAAAUUCCAUGACUUCCGCGGAUGUGUCCGCAAGGGUUUUGACAAAGUGGGAGAGACUGUAUGUCCGGACAGUUCCCGUGAGUAUUUCGCUCACAUCGCCGACGCCUUCCAGUCGGAUGUGUUUGACUUGAUUUGCAGUAAUUAUGAGGCGGAGUCCGACAAAUGCAAUGCUGUGGUCGUACCCGUUGUCCAGCCAUCAAACGAUACCAAAUCACUACUCAAACCGCUGAGGAAUGUCCUC